CUUCAGCGCUUCAUGAUGUGGCACCGCUGACGUCAUUUCGACCGCGUUGGAGCCGCUGAGAACAGAAGUGUGACGUGUGAAGAAACAGUCGCGUCCAAACUGCGGCACAAAACACACUUCCAACGGGACAGAGGGAAGAAAGAGGGAAAGAAAACAUAAGAAAGCGUUAUUUUGACUCUGCUGAUGUCUGCUGCAGUUUGAGCAGGUUGAUCUGUGAGUUGUGAAGUGCUGGAAGCUGCUGUGCUAAAGCGCUAGCGGCUGUUCCUGAUAGUUUCACUCCUCGAAUAAGUUUGACUUUUACGUUACACUUUUGUUGUUGUUUUCGAGCUGUUUUAACAUGGGUUUGACCAUUUCAAGCGUCUUUUCUCGCUUGUUUGGGAAAAAGCAGAUGAGAAUUCUCAUGGUUGGUCUGGAUGCAGCAGGGAAAACCACAAUCCUGUACAAACUCAAACUGGGAGAAAUAGUCACAACAAUCCCAACUAUAGGUUUUAACGUCGAGACGGUCGAAUACAAGAACAUUUGCUUCACCGUGUGGGACGUGGGUGGUCAGGAUAAGAUCAGGCCUCUUUGGAGACACUACUUCCAGAACACCCAGGGUCUGAUCUUUGUUGUGGACAGUAACGAUCGCGAGCGAGCACAGGAAGCAGCAGAAGAGCUUCAGAAGAUGCUUCAGGAAGAUGAACUGAGAGACGCUGUUCUGCUGGUUUUUGCAAAUAAACAAGAUUUACCAAAUGCAAUGCCCAUCAGCGAGAUGACGGACAAACUUGGAUUGCAAUCACUCAGGAGCAGAACUUGGUAUGUCCAGGCGACCUGUGCGACUCAAGGGACUGGUUUAUACGAGGGAUUAGACUGGCUUUCCGAGCAGCUCUCCAAACGUUAAACUGCACUUCCUGUUCAAGCAGGAUGUGUGCUGUUCCAAAGGACAUGAUUAGUGGAGUUGAUCUGUCAAAGAAGCUGUUCAUGUUUGUUACCAAAAAUUCACCUGCCGAUGUCAAUCUUUGGCUGUGCAUUUUAACAUUUUAUUUUUUUUUGAUUUGUUGCACCUUUGACCUUGACUGACAUUUCUCCCAGAUUCAUUCCUCUUGAUGUAUGUAGCCAAAAAAUAACCUGUAGAUUUGACCACAGUAUGAAAACUACAUUUAAGGAGCUCUUGCAGUAGCCCUGGGUGUUUUGUUACAGUGAGUGUACUGCAGUACACACUAGACACUGUACUGUACUUUUUUUUUUUUUUUUUUAAUUCCGAAAACCUCAUUCCCAGGCUUUUGCAUGCCAUACAUCCAGGAAAACAUUCUCAGAGAAGCAUGCAUUUAAUUAAUAAAAGAUUGUUCUUAUAAUGGCACACUUAGAGAUUGGCAAUGCAUUGAUGUAAGCAUUAGUUUUAACGCUUCUAACAUGCAUACGAUUAUAUUAGGAACUAGUCUGAUGUUGUAAAUAAGCAGCCUUUUUAUGUAUGUAAUCACAGUUGCCUUAAACACGCAUUAGUAUGUGAACGCACUUGCCCGAUCUGCUUUUGACUUACCAUUUAUAUUCAGGACAAACCUGUUCAAAAUGUUUGACAUAAUUAAGUUUUUAUUCACAGCUUUUGAAAAUAUUCAAAUGGAUCAAUGCUAGCUAAUCAUCUAGCUGUUCCCCUUUUUAAAAUGCAUUUAUGAAUAAAAGUGUGAAAUAAAAGUCUGAAAUGCU